AUGGAGUGGAAGCUGCAGCGAUUCGCCUCUCGGAGGGUCCGGACUGAAGAAGAGAUGCUGUGGGAGAAUGUCAUGAAGAAGUUUGCAAAAGGUAUUAAACUGAACAGAAAUCAAAGCUUACAGAAGGAUUCCAAGGCAUCGAAUGCAGUUGAUACUACAUAUUCUAACUUUAAAAGCAAUAUCGUGAAGAGACAGACAGCUGAGGUGCCUGUUGCUAGUAGCCCAAUAGCCACGAGAGGGCAGCAGGUCUCCACUGGAAAUUGUGCAGCUUACCCUUUCCGGGAGGACCAUUCUCUAGACGACCAGACUGAUGCUUCUGGAUCAGAGUUGGAGAGAACACAGGAGGAAAUGACCAUGAUUCUUGGAUCCCCCAGUGAUCAGUUUUGGAAGACCUGUGCGGUAGCAAAGUUAGGAAGAAAUGAUGAUGCUUUAAGGUGUCGGGAGUCAUCUAACAUCCAAUGGAGAAACUGGCAGAAAAAUGUUGCUCUGAAAAGUCAGAGAUGUAUCACCCCACUGCCAUCACUCCCGAAGGAGCCCUGGAAUGUCACGGGGAAAAUGCAGAUCUGUGAGAGACCCAAGUGCUUUUGGAAAGGCUGCAGGGGUGGAAUUCAUAGAGAGGAGUCUGUGCAUCAUCAAAGUUUCAGUGACGUGACACUCCAGCCAGAGGUGAAGAUUCAUCUUACUGGCCUACGAGAUGACUACUAUCUAAACAUCCUAGACUGGAAUUCUGAAGGUCUUCUUGCUCUUGCCCUUGGGUCUGCUGUACACAUCUGGAAUGGUGAAGGCCACGACAGGAUGGGAAGCAUAGACUUGAGUCCCUGGUCCAACUACAUCUCCUCAGUUUCCUGGAUAAAAGAGGGAGCCUCCCUGGCCAUUGGCACCAGUGAGGGAGAAAUACAAUUAUGGGAUAUGGUGACUAAAAAGAGGCUGAGAAAUAUGGUUGGUCAUAUUUCAGUAGUUGGGGCUUUGAGCUGGAAUCAUUGUGUCCUCAGCAGUGGUUCAAGACUGGGCCAUAUUCAUCAUUACGAUGUUCGAAUAGCUCAGCAUCACAUUGGGACACUUCGACAUAAGAGAGCUAUAUGUGCCCUGAAGUGGUCACCGAGUGGUAAGCUGCUUUCCAGUGGUUGUAUUGAUGGGCUAUUGAAUAUAUGGCCCUAUGAUCCUGGUGCCAAAUUCUGUCAACCACUAAAAGUCCUACAUCAUUCUACAGCAGUUAAGGCUAUGAACUGGUGUCCUUGGCAAUCUGAAAUCCUUGCUGUUGGAGGAGGCAUGAAUGAUGGACAUUUACAUGUCUGGGAUAUGGACACUGAGAACAGCAUCCAGACUCCAUGUACAAAAUCACAGAUUUGUUCCCUGAUCUGGUUACCUAAGACAAAAGAGAUUGCAACUGGCCUUGGUAUUCCUAAAAAUGAAGUGACUCUAUGGAACUAUCCCCUCCUGACCCAAUCUGGUGGAUUUUUUGGCCACAGAUGCAGAGUCUUGCACCUGGCCUUGAGUCCGGAUCAGAGCAAGGUUUUUUCGGUUGCAGCUGAUGGAACAGCCUAUGUCUGGAGAUGCUGUUAAUCUGGUCAAAGGAGACAGGGGUUGAUGGAGUCCCUGCCUCGGGAGCUCUGUUAUAGCCCUGGGGCAGAUAGGCCUCAGUUCUGUUGGAUUCAGAGGAACAGCAACAGCCCGGCCUGGGAGCAUACUUUAUGUUCCAGAUGAGUUGCCUUUACUGGUACCCCAGUUUCCUCUCACUCCUCCAGACAGAAAAGACAUGUGAAGGAAAGCCCAUCACCCACUUCCUUAGAUACCCAAACAUUUCCACAGGUUGUUUUUCUCUUCUUUUCGAAACCACUUGAAAACUGUACCAUGCCCCUACAAACGAUGUAGCCACUUCAGUCACCUUCUGCAGCUGAGUCCCUUGUCACGUGGCCUGCUGGCAGCUCUCACCCCAAAGAGCGAGUCCCAAACUGCCCUGGGGGCUAGCUGCCCGAGAGGCUUUUAGGAGAACCUAUUUGCUAGGAGCACAUUUUCAGAAAGUCAGAUGAUUAACUUUGGAUGCUACCCCAUACGUAGCCCACCAGUGCUUUUGUCCAUUAUAAGCAGAUCUCUCCCAAAUCUCUCAGUCUUUGUAUCUUCUUCUUCUCCUUGUCCCCUGAAUGCUCUUGAUCCCUUCAUGUUCGGUCCUCAGCCCUGUUUUUUCCUCUCUACACUUCUUCAGUUAUAAUCACAAUAGCUGACAUCUUGCCAUUUGCCUGCUGUGGCCGUAUUUCUCCACAUCUAUACUAGAAAUGAUAUCUUUAGUACCAUUUGGAUUUAGAACUUCUGACCUGGAAUUGAGCUGUACUGAUUGGUGUGUGAGGGAGUAAAAGCUCCCCAUAGCCCACAUAUUAGCUGGUCUCAGACCAGAUCAUUCUUCACAUCCACAUUCAGCUGUCCACCCAGGCUUUCACUUUCUUUUUUUUUUUAAUUUUAAUAUAAAUUUAUUUAUUUGUAGUUUUCAACAUUCA